AUGUCUUUAAAUUUUGAUCUUUUUGUAGAAAGUGAGUAUAGAGAACUGGGUGCAGUUGCUUUUAAAAUUUUUAGAAGAUGUGUGAAUGCAGCUUCAGUUGAGAAAAUGUGUCAUUUAUGGGUUUUUUUACAUACAGCUCGUCAUAAUUUAAUUAAUGAUAAAGUGUUGGCAAUGAGUCAACUUUUUGAAGAUUCCGAAGUUGAAUAUUCUGAAAUUCCUGAAGAUACUGAAAAUGCUGAAGAUAAUACUAAUAUUAUUAUUUAA